AUGUCACUCGACUUGUCCAGGUUUCCACCCAACAGUAGUGCGCCGGAGGACCGAGUCAGCAGGAUUGUUACCCGCGAGAAUAUGGAGACGGCGGGUAUCUAUGAAGACUACAAGAAGACAUUUGGGGAGACGGUUUCCGUGCAAAUGGGUGCUAUAACCCCCGAAGGAGAUUUUUCGUCGUUUUUCCGUGGUAACCCCAAGUUUGUGGUUGACAAAAACACUAUGACGGAUUCGUUGAUCGUGUUGAAUGACUAUGAAGAGUUCCUCAACAGUCAAGAAUACGACAUGUCCACUGUAGUGGAUGCGAGAGAGUGGGCUGAAGCGUGGGAUGAUGACUCUUCUUCUGAAGAAGGAUAUGGAGACAAAACACCAACGAGUUGA